AUGACUCUUAUUACUGGCCUUGUAGUCCUCGCUCAGGUCCUCGUCGCUGCCAGAGUCGGUUCCGUUGGCAUAAUCGCCGUCACAGUUGUCGUCCGGAUCAAUGACAGCUUCAUCAACGACCCAAAGAGCCAUUGUCUAUAUACGAGCGCAUUUUUCGGCAAUGCUGCGCCAUAUAGAGGCCCUAGAAAGGAUAUGCAAGAUCCGGAGAAGAGCGGCAACUAUGGCAUAGUGUGA